AUGUCUGAAACCAAAGUUGGCAAAGUUGCUCCCUUCCCCCCUCUUCCCGGCGCGCCAUACCCUCCUGUUCGUAAUCAUCCGCGAUGGAAAGGUGCACCUGCCGCUGACUUUGAUCGCAUGGUCUGGGGUGCCCGCAUCGCUGGCAUAUUUUUCCUGGCCGACGAUUAUAUCGACAGCGGGAAAAUGUUGGACCGCAUCCCAGGCUUCAAAGCGGUAUGCACGUUUCUUCCCCUCCACAAAGAGGACCAAGCAGAGAUCUGUCACGAUAUCGUGUUCCGUGCCAUCAAGGCAACCAGUCACCCUCGGACCUUCGACCAGCUCACGAAGUGCACACAUGAGUGGUGGGAUUCCAACAUCCACGAGCCUUUCCAGAAUCUCGACCAAUAUCUCGCAGUACGCCGUGUAAACAUAGCCAUGGUCACUUACUUCCGUUACACCCUGGACAUCAACCUUACCGACGAGCAGGUCAACCACCCCCUGAUGCGCGAAGCUGAAGGCAUUGUCUCCGACCACGUCGGCCUCACCAACGAUUUCUUCUCUUAUCUUAAGGAGAAGAUGACCAAUUCCGACGACACCAACAUUAUCCGCAUCCUAAUGGACCACGAGCAUCUCAGCUACGAAGAGGCGAAGACCGUCAUCGAAAAGAAGAUUCGCCAGAAGGAGCAGGACUUCAUUGGCGCAGGGAUGGCCGUGUUGAACGACCCUGAACUCGGAAAGGAUCGUGAGAUCUAUAGGUGGAUCGCGAACUUACAGUACUGUAUGGGCGGUAACCUUGCUUGGUCGCAAGAGGUAAGCGAAAAUCACUAUGGUAUCCACGUACUCGACAUCACCUAA